AUGUGUUUUCUUCUUAAAAAAUACUUAUUUACCGUUUGCUCCGACCAACCGAUACAAAACAAUCGUUCAAAAGUAUCUACUACACAAGUUAUUUCAUUUCGAACCAGUAUGAGUAAAGAAGAAGUCAGACAACUGUUUGAAAAAUUUGAUAAUGGCAACGGACAUUUAUCUUUGGCGGAAAUUGAACGAGCCAUUAUUAAUUUCUAUCCGCAAUUCGGUACGAAUCGAAAGGCCAUCCUUCGUGCGUACAAAGCGGCAGAUACGAGUGGUAAUGGCUUUGUUGAACUGAAAGAAUUCAACAAAAUCGUUCAAUUACUCAAACAAUACGAUACAAUUAGCAAGGUUUUUGAAGAGUUGGAUACCAACGAUGAUCACCGGAUUAGUUUCCAAGAAUUCAAAAAAGGUUUUGAACUACUUGGUGAAGAUAAUUCUGACGAAGAAAGUUUAAAAGAAGAAUUCAAUGCAAUGGAUUCCAAUGAUGGCAAUUACGUUCUUUUCGACGAAUUUUGUAUGUACAUGGCUCAUCGGCAAAUGCAGUAA